UCUGCCGCCUCCUCCUCCCCUUUCGAAAAUGGAGUCAUGCUGUACAUGGUCUAUUUAAGCAAGGAGGAGCUACAAAGGUUCAAGCAGCUUCUAGUGGAUGAGAACCCCAGACCCGGCUCUGUCCAGAUCACCUGGAACCAGGUGAAAACAGCCAGAUGGGGGGAGGUGGUUCAUCUCCUGAUGGAGUGCUUCCCUGGACGACUGGCUUGGGAUGUGACUCAUGACAUCUUUGCCAAGAUGAACCUGACAGAUCUGUGUCUUCGGGUACAGAUGGAGCUCAAUGACAUUCUACCCAGCCUGGAGCCAGCAAAUUCAAACCCAAGAGAAAUGCCAGUGAAUCUGGAGGAAGGAGAAUCUGAUGAAAUGCGUGAGUACAAGCUGCACAUGGUGGAUGAGUGUUCCGUGACAUGGAGCAAGACCACGUGGCCUGGGAACCACGUCGACUUCUUCUACCAAGAAAUAGAGAGACACGAGAGGUUCUUACCAUGUCUGUUUCUUCCCAGAAAACCUCAAGGAAGACAGCCUAAGACUGUGGUCCUACAGGGAGUUGCUGGGAUUGGGAAAACAACCCUUGCCAAAAAGGUGAUGCUGGAGUGGGCACAAAACAAGUUCUACCCCCACAAAUUCUGGUGUGCUUUCUACUUCCAUUGCCGGGAAGUGGCCCAGGUGGACGAGCAGAGCUUCUCAGAGCUGAUUGCCCAGAAGUGGCCUGGGUUACGGGCUCUCAUGUCCAAGAUUAUGUCCAAACCAGACCAGCUUCUGCUCCUCUUUGAUGGCUUUGAAGAGGUAACAUGGACCCUUACAGAUAGACCAACUGACUUGAGUGAGGACUGGAGCCAGAAACUGUCCGGGUCUAUCCUUCUGACCAGUUUGCUAAGCAAAAGAAUGCUUCCUGAAGCCACCAUACUGAUCUGCCUGAGGUUCACAUCUCGGAGGAAACUGAAGCCCUUCCUACAACAUCCCUCCUUCGUAACCCUUACGGGGUUUGGGAUGGCGGAAAGAGCAAAGUAUUUCAGGACCUAUUUCAGAAACGAGAGAGAGGAUGAAGCCUUGAGUUUUGUCAUGGGAAACUCGAUUCUCUUCUCCAUGUGCCAGGUCCCUGUGGUCUGCUGGCUGGUGUGCUCUUGUCUGAGACGGCAGAUGGAGGAAGGAGCCGAUCUCACACAGGCGUACCCAAACGCCACAGCCCUGUUUGUCCAGUAUCUGUCUAGCUUAUUUCCCACCCAGACUGGAAGAGCUCCCAGUAACACUCACCAAGAGCAGCUGAGAGGCCUGUGCCGCUUGGCUGCAGAUGGCAUGUGGGGCAUGAAAUGGGUGUUUGACGCGAAAGACCUGGAGCGCGCCAAGCUGGACGAGACCGCCGUUGCUACUUUUCUCCACGUGAAUAUUUUUCAGAGGGUUGAAGGCGACAAAGACCGUUAUGCUUUUGCUUUCAUGAGCUUCCAGGAAUUUUUUGCUGCCUUGCUGUACGUCCUCUGCUCCCCACAAAGUCUCAGAAAUUUCCAGGUGUUGGACCGCGUUCAGGUCACACGCCUGACAGCAUACCCAGGAAGAAAGAAAAAUUAUCUCGCUCAGAUGGGGCUCUUCUUAUUUGGCCUUUUAAAUGAAACAUGUGCUUUAGCUGCGGAGAAGUCAUUCCGAUGCAAGCUGACCUUAGGUAAUAGAAAGAAGUUGCUGAAGUUCGCGGCCCUGUCACAGGAAUGUGGCCCCCCAACCCCACACCACGGGGUCCCACAGCUAUUGUACUGUCUGCAUGAGAUCCAGGAGGAGGCAUUUGUGAGUCAGAUCCUAAAUGACUGUCAGAAAGCUGCUCUGAUCAUCAGCAAGAUCAAAGACCUUCAAGUGUCUGCUUUUUGUCUUAAGCACUGUAAACAUCUGCGGUGUCUAGAACUGACCGUCGCCCUGACUGUCACCCAAGUGCCCACACUCCACCCAGAUCCGCUCUGUUCCACUGGAUUGGAGAGCAGUGACCAUUGUUUUCUCUGGUGGCAAGACUUCUGCUCCACGUUUAGGACACUCGAGAAUUUGGAAGUCCUGACUGUGACAAACACCUUUAUGGAGACUAAUUCAGCGAAAGUUUUUUAUGCGGCUCUGAGACACCCUCGUUGUCAACUGCAAAAAUUAAUCUUUAGAAACAUGAAUCCCUCCAUGUUGAAUGAAGACUUACUCCAACUUUUGAUUGAAAACCGGUAUCUGAGACACAUGGAAAUACAAGGCACAGAAGUGAAAUGUAAAACCAUGGAGUUUCUGGGCACGGCCUUCGAAUAUCCACAGUGCUAUCUACAGCAUCUCAGGGAUCUAAGAAGUAACAUACACUUGAGGACACUAAUACUAGGAAAUAGCUUCCUGGAACAUUUUGAGGAAUAUUACCUGUCCAUGGCCCAACUGGAGAGGUUGUCAUAAAUCUUCUUUUUGGAGAAAUGUGACCUCACAGUGCUUUCUUGUAAAAGUCUUAUCUCUUCCCUGAAGACAAAUGAGACCCUGACCCAUCUGACCUUGGCAGAAAAUGCCUUGAAGGACGAAGGGGCAAAACAGCUUUGCAGCGCCUUACAACACUCCUCGUGCCCUCUACAGAGGCUGGUGUUGAGCAAGUGUAGCCUGACCUCCAAGUGCUGUCAGGACAUAGUCUCGGUUCUGGAUAAAAAUAAAAAUUUGAGAAGCCUGGAUCUGAGUUUUAACAGCCUACAGGACGAAGGUGUUACCCUGCUCUUUAAGGCCCUCAAGAAGCCUGAGUGCGUCCUCCAGAUCCUGGAGUUGGAAAGGUGCCAGUUCACCUCUGUCUGCUGCCAGGCUAUGGCCUCCAUGCUCCUCCACAACCAGAGCCUAAGAUACCUGGACGUGAGCGGGAAUGACAUCGAACACAGGGGCAGUCUGCUCCUGCAGGAGGCUUUUCAGCAACGCAGGUGUAAACCGAGGGCUGUUUUGGAGAUGAAGCAGAAUUGUGCAGCAGCCAUGACGACAAGGCUGGAGGGCCCUGCUGUGAACAGCGAAGUCCUGAGGGUCAUCCAGGACUGGAGCACGGAGGGCUGGGAGGAGGCAAGAGGGAUGGAGUGACCUGCUGACUCCACCGUGGAUAUUUUUUUUCCCAGAAAAAGUUGAGGAAUUUUGGCCUAUUUUAUGGGCCAUUCUGAAUCUGGAAUGGUCCAAUUGGUUCUGGAAAAUGGUAUAAGGCAUAACCUCUAAACGGCUCCCUUGGAGAUGUUGAGGGUCAUGUGUUAGACAUGAAUUAGCCACUGAAUUGAUGACAUCAGCCCUCUUCUACCCCUGGCUUCUAGAAGCCCUUGACUUUGUCAUGCUCACAUUGUCUCUGGGAAUUAUCUGACUUGCCUACAAGCAUAUCAAAAGAUAUUAAUUAAAAAUGU